AUGUCCUCGGGCACCGCGGACUCUAUCACAUCGGCACUUCCCAGUGCAAAUGCGAGACGGAUCUUGCACUUGAUGAAGACGCUGAAUGGUAGGAUGAGCGGCAAUGUUGUCUUCCGACGUGGAUUUGGCAAUCCCUGGUCGCAAAGCUACUGCUAUAUCAACGACGACAGUGGAAGCUUGAUGUACGAAUCGAGAGGCAGCGAAGGAGCACACAAGACGUUGGUGCAGGAAUUGCGAGGCUCGAGCGUGCGAUCCAACCUCGAUGGCGAUGUUCCCUAUCUCGAAUUGUCCUUCCCUCAGGUGCCGGACGAGGUGCACAUCAAGCUGCAGACGCAAUCUGACUUUGACGCAUGGUUUGCAGCGUUGCUGCACUGGACUCCUCGCGGCGAUAUCACUUCAGCAUCGAGCAACCGUGCGGCCAGCAAAGCCAGCAACAAGAGCGAUCCUCGCAGAUCGCUUAUUGGCGGCGCAACAAAAGAGAACCCGGUGAUCAAGAUUGGCAAGAUGAUAUACUGGGAUACCAACAUCGGCUACAACAAUACCAGUGGUCUCGGUCAACCAUCCACAGCGAGGCCUAGUACAGGCCGGAUGAUGAGUAUGGCCUCGCGAAGAUGGAGAAGGAUCAGCGGUCAACUACGAGAGAAUGGAGAAUUGAAGCUGCACUCGGAUGCAGACAAUUCUCUAAUCUCCAUCGUGCAGCUCAGCCAGCUCAGCAGAUGCGCUAUUCAGCGUCUGGAUUCCAGCGUACUGGACAACGACUUCUGCAUUGCCAUCUAUCCACAAUACACCUCGAGUUUCGCGAACACGCAGCCGGGAUUUAUCAGGCCCAUCUUUCUGAGCUUGGAGAAUCGAGUGCUUUUCGAGGUCUGGUUUGUGCUCCUUCGAGCUUUCACAAUGCCGUCGAUCUAUGGACCUCGAAUCGACAACGAAGACUCGGAGUUUGGCGAAGACAACCAAGAUCUGGAAAGCAUGAUUGCGACAAGCACUACGUACACAUUCCGCAUGGAGCGGAGUUUGAGCGUAAGGGUUGGAGAAGCGAAAAUGCAGUCGGGUGCUGGAGCUGAAACGAGCUUCACAUCUGGCUUUGGCAAAAACUCGAACCAAGAGAAGCAUGGCUAUUAUGCGGAGGUCCUUCUUGACAACGAGACGCGAGGCAAGACAGUGGUCAAGUAUCAGGGCUUAAAUCCUCUCUGGGGAGAGAGCUUCGAGUUUCAGGAUCUCCCACCAGUGCUCAGCAACGCCAGUGUCUUGGUGAAGCGCCGGACUCCAGAGCAACCGAAUGCCAAGGAUCACUCUGAUAAGUCCCACGGACCAGACGCAUUCGGACAGCAGCAGGAUGGCUACACAAAUCUUACCAACGAUGUCGUUUGUGGCAAAGUCGAGAUCCAGAUGGAGGAGCUCGAGCCGGAAAAGGAGAUUGAGAAAUGGUGGCCGGUCUCGAACAUGCAUGGCCAGCGCGUCGGCGAGGUACUCAUCAAGAUCCGCGCAGACGAAGGCAUCAUUCUCAUGGCCCGCGAUUACAAGAAAUUGGAUGUCAUGCUUCACCGUUUUUCGAACGCGUUGACGCUGCAAAUUGCACAGACAAUUCCUACCGAGUUAAAACGACUGAGCGACAGCCUACUCAACAUUUUUCAAGUUUCAGGAAAGGCCGGCGAUUGGAUCAUGGCUUUGGUAGAGGAGGAGAUCGACGGAUCUCACAAGGAGAGCCCUAUUACCAGAUUGAGGUACAGUCGGCGUGCUUCUAACGAGCAGGGUGAGAAUAGUGGGAUGGACCGCAACGACAGAGAGCUCCUUGUCCGCGACAUGAACAAGAAUGCCACGCUUGAAGCAAAUCUGCUAUUCAGAGGCAACACCCUCUUGACCAAGAGUCUGGACACUCACAUGCGGCGCGUGGGGAAGGAGUACCUUGAGGAAUCCCUCGCCGCUAAGCUGCAAGAAAUCAACGACAAGAAUGAGGACUGCGAAGUUGAUCCGAAUCGCGUCAACUCGCCGUCGGAUCUGGACCGGAAUUGGCGGAGACUACUGCUCUGCACGCAGGACGUGUGGAAGGGCGUUGUCGCCAACAAAGCACGCUGUCCGGUCGAGCUGAGAAUCAUCUUCCGCCAUAUUCGAGCUUGUGCCGAAGACCGAUACGGCGACUUCUUGCGCAGUGUGAGCUACAGCAGCGUGUCUGGUUUCUUGUUUCUGCGUUUCUUUUGUCCGGCGGUGCUCAACCCCAAGCUGUUUGGAUUGCUGCAAGAUGAUAUCAAACCACGAGCCCGCCGAACAUUCACUCUCAUCGCGAAGUCGCUCCAGACCAUGGCCAACAUGGCCGCUUUUGGCACCAAGGAACCUUGGAUGGAGCCGAUGAACGUCUUCUUGGUGCAGCAUCGAGAAAGCUUCAAGACAUUCAUCGACGACGUCUGCUUUGUACCGGCGCCUCUUUCGGGUGCAUCCUACACCACACCCAUGACCAUCAUGCAACGUCUGCCGCCUAGCAGUCGUGAAGGAUUCCCAAGCUUGCCGUACCUGAUCGACCAAGCCAGAUCGUUUGCGGACCUGAUCCAUCUUUGGCUUGAAGCGGUUAUGGCACUCUCGAAUCCCUCGGACAAUGCUACACUCCCCGGAAAGACACAUUCGGACAUCCUCGAUGCGAUCAUGGCGACGGAUGGCGAGUUGGGGGACUUCCAUGUACUAUGCGAGCAGCUCAAUACCCGCACACAGGAGUGUCUCAAUCGUGCGGAGAGGGCCGAGCGACCCGACAGCUCGCACAGCUUCCAAUGGGAGGACGUGAUUAAUCAACUUCAGAAGGCG